AUGAAUCUUGUUCAUACCUACCUGGUAUCUCACACACCUGGCAAGGUGAGCGGAGAUUUUGGCCGCUGGAUCACCGUGGGCAACUGCCUGCACAAGACCACCGUGCUGGCGGACACCACCUGCCUCUUCACCCCGCUGGCGCUGCCCCUGGAUUACUCCCACUAUAUCUCCCUGCCCACGGGCAUGCUGAGCCUGGCCUGCUGCACCCUCUACGGCAUCUUCUGGCACUUCGACCCCUGCUGCAAGUACCUGGUGGAGUACGACACCUACAGACUGUCCCGGCUGCCCCUGCGCACACUCACCUCCUCCUCCCGGGUGGUGCUGGUCCUGAAGGACGACUUGCACAGAAAGAGACGGCACAACGCGAUAGCACUGGCGGCCCUGGUGUACUAUGUAAAGAAGAUUUACGAGCUCUGCGCUGUAUGA